CUUUAUCUCUCCCACAACCAACUCUCCGGCGAAAUCCCAACUUCCCUGGCCGGAAUUGACUUCAAUGUCAUUGAUCUGUCCAGAAACAAGCUCCAAGGCGACGCCUCCAUGAUUUUCGGCGGGAACAAGACGACCCAGAUCGUGAAUUUGUCGAGGAAUCUGCUGGAGUUUAAUUUAUCGGCGGUUGUGUUUCCGCAGAGCCUGACUUCGCUGGAUCUGAAUCAUAACAAGAUCUUUGGGGGGAUUCCGCCGGAGAUGACGAAGCUGAGUUUUCAGUUUAUGAAUGUGAGUUAUAAUAGGCUGUGCGGUGAGAUUCCGGUGGGAGGGCAGUUGCAGAGCUUUGAUGUCUAUUCGUAUUUUCAUAACAAGUGUUUGUGUGGCGCGCCGCUUGGUAGCUGCAAAUGAUGGACUUCUUACCACUCACUCGUGACUCACAAUCUUGAUUUCAAGUUUUAAGACCAUUGGAAUAAAGUUUUUGUUGUGGGAUUUUAAGUUGUAUUUUUAAAAAAUAUGUGUAUAUAUAUUUAAUGCAACUUGUUAAUAUAGAG